CUCUUGGUUUCCUUUUAAGGAAAUGAGGAGAACUCCACGUAUUCAAAACGGUGUGGUGGUACGCAGGAGUUGGCCAAAUUUUGGCCUCUGCUAGGAGCACAGGUUACAGCUGUCACGGUUACAACGAGGGAGGGAGGGAGGGAGGGUUAAAAUGUGAAGGAAUGACCGAAGGAGGAAACAGCACAAAGUGCCUGUCAGUAGUAAAGGGCAAUCCCCUAGAGGUGGGUUCUGAGUGAGGGGGAGCAUGUAAGGCCAGUCAAAGGGAACAGCUGUAGCAGGGCGGAAAGAGAAGAAACUUCUAAGUGGGCAGAGUGUAAGGACCUAAAAUGCUACACCACAGGAGAUAAAAGCCUGGAUAUCUGGAUAAUGGAUCGGGUGGGUUCAGAAAACGAAAGCAUGACAAUUUCCCACAUGGUCAAAGAAAGGAGGAAAAAGAGAAUGUUAAUCCGUCUUCGCCUUUGAUGACAUCUUUUAAAUCAUUUCAGCUGGAGCUUGACACCAGGCAUGAUAAAUACGAACGGCUUGUGAAGCUCAGUCGUGAUAUAACUAUUGAAAGCAAAAGAACGAUAUUUCUGCUCCACAGGUUUACCAGUGCUCCCAAUGGGGAAGAAAUAAUAAAUGAAUCUGAAGUCAAGUUAGAUGCUGUCAGACGAAAGAUUAAGCAGGUUGCACAAGAACUGAUUGGAGAAGACAUGUAUCAGUUCCACAGAGCUAUAUCUCCAGGACUUCAAGAGUAUGUUGAGGCAGCUUCAUUUCAGUAUUUUAUUAAAACACGAUCUUUAAUUAGUGUUGAAGAGAUCAAUAAACAACUAAUAUUUACAGCGGAAGACAGGGAAGAAACAACAAACACGACUUCCAAUUCCCAGGACAAGCAACCACACACUUGGAGCCUGAAGGUAACACCCGUAGAUUACCUGCUGGGAGUGGCUGAUCUAACUGGAGAGCUGAUGCGGCUGUGCAUCAGCAGUGUUGGAAAUGGUGACAUUGACACACCUUUUGAACUGAGCCAGUUCUUACGUCAGAUCUAUGAUGGUUUUACUUUUAUUGGCAACACUGGACCUUAUGAAGUAUCGAAGAAGCUGUAUACCUUGAAACAGAGUCUGGCAAAGGUAGAGAAUGCCUGCUACACGUUAAAAGUACGGGGAUCUGAAAUCCCAAAGCACAUGCUGGCUGAUGUGUUCUCCUCCAAAGCAGAAUUGAUUGACCAAGAGGAAGGUCUUUCUUAAAAUAAGGAGACUGUCACAGCCCAGAAGGGGAGAGGACUUGCAUAGAGAAAGCUUAUUAGUUAUGGUUUGCGGGGUUUUGACUCCCAAAGCUUUCUAGUUAGAGACAUUUUAAUUUUAUCUAUGAGAAGAUUGUUUGCAAUAGUAAUUUGUAACCAAAAAUACUUUUUAUGAUGUGCAAGAGAACAAAUGUUUGACUUUGUCCUCUCAGCAUGGAAUUUCCUGUAUUGCUCCAUUGUAUCUCCUCUCAGAAUGACCAAAUGUUCCACAGUGGUCUGCACCAGUGGCUAUCAGUUGUGUGAGUCACCUCAAACUGGUGUGGUCACUACAAUAAGUUUCCAGCAACCACAGCAGUGAAAAAAAAAAUGGUUAGGUAUUGUUUUUUCAGCAUUAUCCAUAGGUUUCUGCUGAGCCCUGUUUUCUGAGUAUUUGGUUUCUAUCCCCAAAUAAUAUCUAAAACAACACACCUAUGUAUGUGUAAGUUCAUUCCUUGACUUGAAGCUGAGGUGGUGUCACAGGUGCCAUGUAACUUAAGUUUUCUCUGAUUAAUGCUUUUAAGCAUGAAACUGAAGCUAAGUCAACUUUUCACUAGUUGGUAAUGAAGCUAAUUACACCAGGUAAAUAUUACCUUGCACUCGUUAUUCUGGGGCUCUGUUUAAAUUGAGCUCUCUUUAAGUUACGCAGGUUCUUUAGAUGUUUUGAUAUGAACUAGAAAAUCCAUUAAAAAUUGUGGAAUUUAUUUAUUUACAUUUUCUGUAACACCUUCUAAUGCAGAAUCUGCAAUCUUUGUAGACAAAAGCAGAAUACCUGCCAAGUAUGCUUAACGUGCAUAAUCUGGUGUUAGGGCAAGCACUUCUUGGUCAAAACAAGUGUGGUGUUGGAAGUCUGUUCUCCGUUGUUUGUGCUGCCCUGAGGACCUCCAGUGGGGCUGAACUGGUAUAAAUGAACAAGGGCUAGCCAAGCUUUAAAUAUCUGUUAGCAGGAACUAUAUCAUGUGCAUGUUCCUAUGGAAAGGAAAUUGCAAACAGAAAUAAGGCAGACAUUCUGACUUCCACAUUUAUCUUUGAGGUGGGUAUGUCACUAUUGGCAAAAAAUCAGGGCUUUCUGCCGGUGUCUGAAGUUAUGGAAGUCUGAUAAUGUACGUUAUGCUAAAGGAAAGCAGAUAAAACAACAUGAUCUUUAGACUCCAGGAAAUAGGCCUCCCAACUGCAAUUGAAAAUACUGCAUGUUUUUUAUUUCCACUUCCAUAUGCUGUGAUACUGCCAAUAUUUUUCCCAUGAGCGUGUCCUGAGUAGCUUGGAUCAUCUGAUAUAUGGACAGAAAUGGGUAAAUACAUUUCUGUCACAUUUUCCCAUUGUUUCCAUAUAAAGCAAUAUGUGGUGGGUUUAAAAAGGAGAGUUUUUUUCCUAUUGUUUAUUACUUUUUUUACAAUAAAUUCUGAAAAG